GAACGUGAAACUGUGAAAACCAAAAAAAAGUGUGGAAAAUUGAGGACUGUUUGGAAUUUGAAGCAAUUUGAUUAGAGAUAUAAAAGAAAUAAAAAAAAGAGAGUCGAUAAGAUCAGUUUAUUUCACAAUAUUAGCAAAAUCUGGAUGAGGAAUUGCUAAAAUUUUAAAAAUGUUUGAAGAAUUUUGUGGAAGUCCAUUUUGGGACGCCGAGCUAACUUGGUCUGAAACAAAUCCCGACUUUACAUUUUGUUUUAAACAAACUGUGCUGAUAUGGGUGCCAUGCUUAUAUCUUUGGCUAUUUUCAAUUGUAGACUUAAGAAGAAGAUCGAGAAGUCGACGAAGUGACAUUCCAUGGUCGUUCUUAAAUUUAUCAAAAUUAGUAUUUACGAUAUUGCUAGUAUGCUUAUCGAUUGUUGAUUUGACUUUAAUGCUUGCGAUUGCUACUGGAGAAGAAAUUUUUGAUGUUCAAUAUGUUUCAAUUGGAAUUAAACUCGUCACAUUUAUUUUUCUAGUCUUUAUCCAACUGUAUCAUAAGAAAAAGGGCCACAGAACAUCAAUUUAUUUGUUUAUAUUCUGGAUGAUGCUAGUAAUCUUUGCUAUUCCUCAACUUUUGAGAGAAAUAAGGGAACUAAAUAGUGCUGAAUUAGGAGAUGGUGACUUCACAUGGUCCGAUUUUCAAUUCAUCAAUUAUGUCCUUUACUUUUCAUUCAUAACAAUCGAAUGGUUCCUUUGCUGUUUUGCUGACAAACCACCAAGAAAUUCAACAUACCCAAAAUAUGCUAAUCCAUCGCCAGAAUUGGGAGUUGGUGCUAUUAUUAAAAUUUUCUAUGCAUGGUUUGAGCCAAUAGCAUGGAAAGGCUACAGAAGACCACUUACUGAAAAAGAUAUAUAUGAUAUUAAUCCUGAAAAUGCUUCUGCUGAGCUUGUUCCAAAGUUUGAUUACAACUUUGAAAAAAGUGUCACAAAAUCAAAGAAAAAAAUCUACAAAGAGCAGCAGAAACAACUCAGAAAUCAACAAAAUAAAUCAAUUCCGAAUGGCACAAGUACAACUGAAACACAGGAGCCACCGAAACCAGAAGGAUCAGUUCUUGCAGCUUUAGUGGGCUCCUUCAUAGGUCCAUUUUCAUUUGCAUUAUUCAUGCGAUUUCUUAUCGAUUUUCUUCAGUUUGGAUCGCCAUUGGUUCUCGGAGCAUUAAUUACUUAUGUAGAUUCAGAUGGUGCAUUAUGGAAAGGACUUGUGUUGACGUUUGCUUUGUUCCUUAUCACCUUCGUAAUGGCGAUUCUCAAUGGACAUCAAUCAAUCAUUGCAUACAGAGUUGGAUUCUGUAUGAGAACAUCAUUAAUCAGUGCUAUUUACAGAAAAGCUUUAAGAAUUUCCAGUGAAGCUAAAAGAACAACAACUGUUGGUGAAAUAGUCAACUUAAUGGCUGUGGAUUCAAACAGAUUUUUAGAAAUGAUUCCAUACUUAAUGCUCACUAUUUCUGCUCCAUUUACUAUGUCUCUCGCAAUUUUCUUAUUGUGGCGAAUCAUUGGUGUUUCUGUAUUUGCUGGUCUUGCUGUUUUAAUUGUCAUGUUCCCGUUAUCUGGUAUCAUUGCUAAUAAGCUGAAGAACAUUCAGUUCCGACAAAUGAAAAUCAAAGAUGAACGUGUCAAGCUCAUAAAUGAAAUAUUGAAUGGAAUCAAGGUAUUGAAAUUGUAUGCAUGGGAGCCAAGUUUCGAAAAACAAAUUGGUGAAACUCGUGAAGUCGAAAUCAAAACUUUAAGACAUGCAGCUAUGUACAAUGCAAUCACUGAGUUCCAAUGGGGAUUGACUCCAUUUUUGGUCUCAUUUGUAUCAUUCACCACUUAUGUUAUGCUUGGUAAUCCUCUAACACCGGAUGUAGCUUUUGUAGCACUAGCAUUGUUUAAUAUUCUAAGAAUGCCAAUGACAUUCUUGCCUUUAGGAAUUAAUUUCAUAAUGAUCGCCUAUGUGUCAAUAAAACGUUUAAAUAAGUUCAUGAACUCAUUAGAACUUGAUCCAAACAAUGUAACAAGAAAUCCAUGUGAACAUGCUAUGAAGAUUCAAGACGGAAACUUUUCCUGGGGUGGCAUGGAAAAAACUCUUAAGAACAUCAAUAUUGCCGUAAAUAAAGGAAGCUUAACUGCUGUUGUUGGACCUGUUGGAGCUGGAAAAUCAUCAUUAAUUUCCGCAUUUUUAGGGGAAAUGGAAAAACUUAGUGGAACUGCCAAUCUUGAUGGAAGGAUUGCUUAUGUCCCACAACAAGCGUGGAUCCAAAAUGCGACGUUACAAGACAAUAUACUUUUUGGAAAACCAUUAAAUAAGAAAUUAUACGAAAAAGUCAUCCAUGCUUGUGCAUUAACUGCAGAUCUUUCAAUGUUGCCUGGUGGUGAUCAAACUGAAAUUGGUGAAAAGGGAAUCAACUUGUCUGGUGGUCAGAAACAAAGAAUUUCUUUAGCUAGAGCUGUCUAUAGUGGUGCUGAAGUUUUUAUUUUUGAUGAUCCAUUGUCUGCUGUUGAUUCUCAUGUUGGAAAACACAUUUUUGAGAAUGUCAUGAGUCAUGAAGGCAUGCUAAGAGGAAAGACAAGAUUCUUAGUUACACAUGCUUUAUCCUAUUUACCAAAAGUAGACGUCAUUAAUGUUAUGUUGAAUGGAGAAAUCACUGAAAAUGGAACUUACAAAGAACUGCUUGCGAGGAAAGGAGCCUUUUCUGAAUUUUUAGUUCAAUAUCUUCAGGAACAUCAAGAUGAAGAAGAUUUAGCUGAAAUUGGAAGUCAAUUAGGUGAUGACGAAGAAUUGAAGAAAAUUUUCCAAAGAUCCGUUUCAACAAUGUCAAUGAACAGAGGCGAUAAAUCUUCACCAACAAGCUCGCUAAGAAGAAGACGAGACAGUCGAAGAUCAUCGAAACAAAGUGAACAAGAGGAAAUGCCUAAACAGUCAGCAUUAAAUAAAUUGAUGACAUCAGAAGAAGCUGCAAUCGGAAGUGUGUCAUGGGGAGUUUACCUUAGAUACUUCAGAAGUGUUGGAGUCACUUACGUUUUAAUUGUCGUUUUGUUUAACAUUAUAUCACAGACUGCUUCUGUUUUGGGAAAUUUCUGGCUAACAAUUUGGACACAGGAUGAAAGAUCUCACUUAGAAAUCUUUUGGAGAAACCUGUAUGUUGGAGUGUAUGGAGCAUUUGGAUUACUUCAAGGUAUUUCAAUAUUGGUCGGAACAGUAUUAUUUGCAUUAGGAUCUCUCAAAGCAGCUCGUCAUCUUCAUUUCCGUCUUCUUCACAAUAUUCUAAGACUUCCAGUAUCAUUCUUUGACACCACUCCUUUAGGUCGCAUUAUAAACCGUUUCAGUCGAGAUACAGACGUUAUUGAUGCUUUCUUACCUAACAUGAUGAGAACAUGGUUUUCAAUGGCAUUUGCUUUAGUAGGAACUAUCAUAGUAAUUUCAUACUCUACUCCAAUAUUCAUUUCUGUCAUCGUUCCAUUGAUGGUCGUGUACUAUUUUAUUCAAAGAUUUUAUAUUGCAACAUCAAGACAAUUAAAAAGAAUUGAGUCAAUCACAAGAUCACCAAUUUAUUCUCAUUUCGGAGAAUCCGUAAGUGGACAAUCGACUAUUCGUGCAUACGAUGUGGACAAACGUUUUAUUGUCGAUUCUGAGACGAGAGUUGACCAUAACCAGGCUGUAGCUUACCAAAAUAUUAUAGCAAAUAGAUGGCUCGGAAUUAGAUUGGAAAUUAUUGGAUCAUUCAUUGUCCUUUUUGCAUCGUUAUUUGCUGUUCUUGGACGAACUACAAUGGAAAGUGCAAUUGUUGGUCUUUCGAUAUCAUAUGCCUUACAAGUUUCAUCACUGCUCAACUUCUUUGUAAGAAUUGCGACCGAGGUCGAGUCUAACAUUGUAUCAGUUGAAAGAGUUGAAGAAUACGCCGACUUACCACAAGAAGCUGCAUGGAAAACAAUUGAAACCAAUCCAAAAUGGCCACAAAGUGGAAUUGUUGAAUUUAGUAAUUAUCAAUUCAGGUAUCGAGAAGGUCUUGAUUUAGUAUUGAAAGGGAUUAAUUUCAAGACAAAUUCUGAGGAAAAGAUUGGAAUUGUGGGACGAACAGGAGCUGGAAAGUCUUCACUUACCUUAGCACUUUUCAGAAUUGUUGAAGCAGCUGGUGGUAAAAUAAUUAUUGAUGAUGUUGACAUUUCUGGAAUCGGACUUCAUUCUUUGAGAUCAAGAUUGACAAUUAUUCCACAAGAUCCAGUGCUUUUCAGCGGUUCUUUGAGGAUGAAUAUUGAUCCAUUCAAUUCAUAUUCAGAUGAUGCAAUUUGGCAAGCAUUAGAACAUUCACAUUUAAAAAGUUUUGUCAAAGGAUUAUCAGAUGGAUUGACCCAUAAAAUCACAGAAGGAGGUGAAAACUUGUCAGUUGGGCAAAGGCAGCUUGUAUGUCUUGCUCGUGCCUUACUACGUAAAACAAAAGUGUUAAUCCUUGAUGAAGCAACAGCAGCAAUUGAUUUUGAAACUGAUGAACUUAUUCAAAAGACAAUCCGAUCUCAAUUUAAUGACUGCACAAUUUUAACAAUUGCACAUCGACUUAACACAAUCAUGGAUUCAGACAGGAUUAUUGUCUUAGAUGCAGGAAUGAUUGCAGAAUUUGAUACACCAAAAUCAUUGAUGGAUAAUAAAAAUUCGAUAUUCUAUGGAAUGGCUAGAAAUGCCGGACUUGUUGGUGAUGAUUAUGGCUAUGACUUUAAGGAGGAGACAGAAUUUUAAAAGUUAUUAUAAAUUAAGGAAAUAAAAGAUAUUGUUAAACAUAUCAAAAGUACAAAACUCUUCCCGUUCAAGAGAUUGUCAUGUUGAAAACUUCAUUUAAUACUUAAUGUUAUUUGUCCGCAAUCAUUCCUGUUUUUUAUCGAAAUAAAAGAUUUUUAAAAAUUAUCAACCAUUUGAUUUUAAUAAUCCUUGUCAAAUCUAUCCUUAAAUGCAAAUCAUUCAAGUUGUUCGCUUAUUAGAUAUUUUUAUUUUUAUUUACAUUUUCUUUUUUAAUUGAAAU